ACAACAAAGAAGCCAGUCGACAAGCAAACAAACAAAGCCACCACCAUGUUCGCUGUAAUGAGAAUCGACAAUGAUGACUGCCGGUCGGACUUUCGUCGCAAGAUGCGUCCGAAGUGUGAGUUCAUUUGCAAGUAUUGCCAGCGGCGUUUCACCAAACCCUAUAAUCUAAUGAUCCACGAACGUACCCACAAAUCGCCCGAGAUCACCUAUUCCUGCGAAGUGUGCGGCAAAUAUUUUAAGCAACGUGAUAAUCUGAGACAGCACAGAUGUAGUCAGUGUGUCUGGCGAUAAAUAUCCACUAUAU